CCGCCUCUCCCUAGGAAGAAGAUGGUAGCUCCUCCCCAACAAAAUCCCAGCCAAAGCCAAUUACCAACAAUAAUGGAAUAGUUUUUCCAUUCCCUAUUACCCUCUCUCUCUCUCUCUCUCUCUCUACUGAAACUAAACUGCUUAUCCUCCAUGAUACCAUCUUCUCCAUGACUCUGUGAGUCUGUUCCUUCUUCACUAGACUCUCUUGGUGGAUCGUCGACUGCGUUGAGAUGGGCAUCAGGAUUUGUCGCAGAUUUUUUAAGCUAUGGAAAUUGGUACGUCCGAGAACAAGGCCCUUAUCUUAUGCGAGGUUGGAAGAUGAUGAAGAAGGAUCUUUGCUAGCGAAGAAGCAGAAAGGGAAGACAUUAAGAAAUGGGUUGCGUAUCAUCAGAAAGAGUCUCUCUUGUUGUUCCGCUUCUUGGAACAAGGAGGAAAGGGGACCGGAGAAAAAGGCGAUGAAGGGAGAGACGUUCAGCGAGGUGACUCCCAAGGGCCACCUGGUGGUCUACGUCGGCGAAGAGGGCGACCAGCAACGCCGGUUCGUCGUCCCGGUCAUCUACUUCAACCACCCGCUCUUCGGCCAACUGCUCAAGGAAUCGGUGGAGGAAUACGGUUUCAGCCAGCCCGGCGGGAUCACCAUCCCCUGCCAUGUCUCCUACUUCAAGAGCGUGCAGGAAAGGAUCGCCGGAGAGAGGUUCUCAGGCAAGUGGCGGACCAGGGGGAGGAGGAGGUCGGCCGUGGGCGGCCAUCGGCUGACCGGCCGUCACGCAACGAAUCCGUGGUAGCGGUUCUUUUCUCUGCUCUCCUUGAUCGUUGUGUCUAGGAUUCUGAGAGAACCGAUUCGGCUGGUUCCGAUUCGUGUCGCUUUUGUGGAUUUUCUUUUUUGUGUAUAAGAUAUGAAUUGGUUGAAGAUUGUGUGCUUGAAGCUUUUCUGGACUGUGGGAAUGGAAAUGUGGCAUGAGCCACCGGCGCUUAUUUAAUUUCA